AUGACCGAAGAGGCAGUUGGAUCAACACUGCGCUCAGGUUCAUACAGUUUCGAGUGGACCAACUUACAUUUGCCAAGAGCAGAGACAGAUCCCCUUCGAUACGAAUAUGAUACCUUGGGCGCAAGCGCCCUCGCAAAGCUUCAGGAAAUCGCAAAAGCAAAAGGCCUCACUGAUGACCCAAGGAAACGUCCGGACUUGUAUCAGCUAUUGGUAGAGCACCACGACAGCUGCGAGGAGCUGCGCAAAUUUUGGGAACAGGUACACACUGUUCCCGAUUGGGUUGACUGGAAACAGUUAGAGCGCGGUCAGCGAUUCUUUUACCGCUAUGCAGCAGCCAACCUGAUGGGAUUUGCCCUACAAGGGUUCGUGGGCGAAAAUAGUGCUGCCUCUGGAGUUGUCGAGGUUCUUGUCCGUACUGGUGGAUUCUCAACUCGUGUUCUUCUGCAUCGUCUCCUCGAGACAUUUCAAUGGCUUUUACAAGUCACAGAAAGCCUAUCGGCGGUCAAACCAGGAGGCUCAGGGCACAUAAGCACAAUCCGUGUUCGACUUUUGCAUGCCUCGGUGCGACAACGAAUUCUUAAACUGGUCGAAGGCAGACCUAAAUACUUCAACGUUGAAAAGUAUGGCGUGCCCAUAAACACUCUGGACAGCAUACACUCGAUUGCGACGUUCUGCUGCAAUCACAUGUGGCUGCAACUUCCACGCAUGGGCGUAUAUCCCACAGCGCAAGAGAAAGAAGACUAUAUCGCUCUCUUUCGCUACCUCGCCUAUCUUCUCGCCACUCCCGACGAAUACUUUGAGUCGGUCGCACGGGCAAAGGCCGUCAUGGAGUCGAUGCUGGUGCAUGAACUUGAGAUCACUGACACCAGUCGCGUGGUGUGUUUCAACUUUAUCAAGUGCCUGGAGGAUCUGCCGCCCUUUAAUGUCUCCCGGAGCUUCAUCGAAGCCGGCAGCCGUGUUCUCAAUGGCGACGAGAUGGGCAUUGUUGGCUGGUGGCCAGCCUUGCCUUCGCCCAGCGAGCGAGCCCUGCGCUUGACCGGUGGAUUAUUUCCAAAUGGAGAGACCUGCUUCACUCGGCAGUGA